UGUUGUGGGGGGUUGGUAAGGGUGGUAAACCGUGAUUGUCUGUGUCGGCGCGAGGUCAUUGUCUAUCGACAUUGUCGCUAUUCGACGAUGAUACACAGAAGGCAUUACAGUUAAAUUAUUCAAGUACAAUGGAGUUACUUAUGGAACAAGCGGGUUAGUUACGGAAUCAAAGUAGCAACCCCAAGAAGUAGUUGGAGGAUCGAUUUCGAGCAGGCAACAAUUGGAAGUUCAUGCCUGGUCCUAAUAACUAAUCGCUAAUCAGUAGUAGUGGGCCAGUGGCAGUCGGUGUGCUUCUUCUGUUCAUGCUCUCACCCUCCAGGCCUCCACCCAUUCUCUUAAUCUGGCUAUUAUUUGGUUUCUCGAUUCGCCCCAGGCUAUUCAACGAGGGAAUGUGGAUCAAUUCUGAUAUUGUUCAUGAUGCCAUUUGGAAAACUAACUAAAUCGUCCGCAGCGAAUGAAGAAGAGCUUCUUCAAGUUUGCUUUAUCUCCUUUGCAUUGGAAGAGAUUGCAGGUUCAAUGUAUAGGAUCACAUAUUCUGAGUCUACCGUGCCACGUAGCUGAAGUGGUUCCCGUACCAAAUGUCAAGGACUCUUGCGGCAUUAAUUGGAGGUGCUGCAGGAGCCAUGGCUUUAAUGGGGGUGAUAAUGGUAUUUCUAUGGUUCUGCCUGUGUCAAAAUAGGAGCAUUUCGAGAACCUCCGAGACCGGUUCAUCUGAUCCAUCUGUUCAAGUGGGAAGAAACAUCGGGCUUGAGUUGUCCUUAUCAGGAGGUGUAUCUCUUCCACCUGAGUCACGUGAAGCUAGGAGUUUUCUAAUGGAAGACUUGGCUUUGGCUACAAAGAACUUCAACGAUAUUAAUUUCAUUGGAGAAGGAAAGUUUGGAAAGGUAUAUAAAGGUUUCCUUCAAGAUGGAAUGAUUGUGGCCAUAAAAAAGCGACUUGGGAUGCCAACUCAGGAAUUUUUUGAGGAGGUGCGUUAUCUGUCAUCUAUUCGGCAUCGGAAUCUUGUCAGCCUCCUCGGGUACUGCCAGGAUAAUGAACAACAAAUGCUAAUCUAUGAGUAUAUAACCAAUGGAAGUGUUUCUAGUCAUUUAUAUGGUGCAGGUCAGGUUUCCUUUGAAAAGAUAGAAUUCAAGCGUAGACUCUCAAUAGCUCUAGGGGCAGCUAAAGGUUUGGCUUACCUCCAUUCAUUGAGCCCCCAUUUGGUACAUAAGGAUUUCAAAACAGCCAAUGUCCUCGUAGACGAAACUUUCAUAGCUAAAGUUGCAGAUGCUGGGCUAUGCAAUUUACUUGGUGGAGUUGAUGUUGCAGGUUCAUCUUCCCAAAUGUUGACUGGCAAUAUAUUCCUCGCUCCAGAGGUGAAAGAGUUUGGAAGAUUCUCUGAGAAAAGUGAUGUUUAUAGCUUUGGAGUGUUUCUGGUGGAGCUAGUGAGUGGGCGAGAAGCAGAUCAAUCAGUGUCUUCAGGACUUGAUCAAAAGUUGGUUGAAUGGGCACAAAAUUAUCAGGACUCGAGCAACAUAUCCUCAAUCAUAGAUCACAAAAUGGGCAGCAGUUUCACAACUGAAGGCAUGAAAGAGUUAAUACAGCUGACUGUCCACUGUGUGGAAUUCUCUAGUGAGAGGAGGCCUACCAUGAACCAUGUGGUAACAGAACUGGAUCGGAUACUUGAGAAAGAAAUGAACUUGACAACAAUCAUGGGGGAAGGCACCACCACUGUCACUCUCGCGAGCCAGUUAUUUACUGCUUCAAGGUAAGAGAGUUGGUAUAUCUCAUCGGUAUUGUUUAUGUGAUCUGUGAGUUAUUCUUUGCAAUGUAGAAUAAAAGAUCAAGCUGUUUGAUAAGUGUAUAAAAGAACAGCUGUAAUUUUUUUCCCCCCUUUUUACACAAUUGUAUGAGAUCAUUUUGUACAACAUUCUUUGUUGGUAAUAUCAGGUUGCUGAUUGGGGUUGGUGUGGUUUUGGUU